AUGGGCGGCGCACCGGCCGGCACGGCAGGCAUAUACGAUGCCGCGCUGCACAAGCGGCAGGCGCUGAUGGGUAAGAGCGGGCCGUCGGCGCUGUGGAAGAACUUUCGCGUGUUCCGCAUUGCCUGCUUCGCGUGUAUUGGCGGCGUGUUGUAUGGCUACAACCAGGGCAUGUUCUCGGGCGUGUUGGCCAUGCCCGCUUUUGAAAAGCACAUGGGCGAAUACACGACGAACCAGACCAAGAAAGGCUGGCUGACGGCCAUCCUGGAGUUGGGCGCGUGGCUGGGUACCUUGCUGUCCGGCUUCCUGGCCGAGGUGCUCUCCCGUAAGUAUGGUGUGCUGGUCGCCUGCGCGGUGUUCAUGCUGGGUGUGGUGGUACAAGCGACGGCCAGGACGGUCGGACACAAUGCUAUCCUGGCAGGGCGGUUCAUUACCGGUAUGGGCGUCGGCAGUCUAGCCAUGAUUAUCCCCAUUUACAACUCCGAGGUUGCGCCCCCCGAGGUGCGCGGCGCACUGGUAGCCACCCAGCAGCUAGCAAUCUGCUUCGGCAUCAUGAUCAGCUUCUGGAUCGACUACGGCACGAACUUCAUUGGCGGGACAACCCUCGAAACGCAAUCCGACGCAGCCUGGCUCCUUCCGAUCUGUCUGCAACUCGGUCCGGCCUUAAUCCUCUUCUUCGGCAUGCUAUUCAUGCCCUUCUCCCCACGCUGGCUGAUCCACCACGGGCGCGAGGACGAGGCGCGCAAGGUUCUUGCCAGCCUGCGCGAAUUGGACGAGAGUCAUGAGCUCGUCGAGCUGGAGUUCCUGGAGAUCAAGGCACAGUCGCUGUUUGAGAAACGGACGAUUGCGGAGCUGUUCCCAGAUCUGAGGGAACCAACCGCUUGGAAUGUAUUUAAGCUGCAGUUCGUCAGUAUUAAGAAGUUAUUCCAGACGAGGGCGAUGUUUAAGAGGGUGGUGGUGGCGACGGUGACCAUGUUCUUCCAGCAGUGGACGGGAAUCAACGCAGUCUUGUACUACGCGCCCUUCAUCUUCAAGCAACUCGGCCUGAGCAGCACAACCACCUCCCUCCUCGCCACAGGCGUAGUCGGCAUCGUCAUGUUCAUCGCGACGAUCCCCUCCGUUCUCUGGAUCGACCGCGUCGGGCGCAAGCCAGUCUUAACCAUCGGCGCGGUGGGCAUGGCAACCUGCCACAUCAUCAUUGCAGUCAUUGUCGCCAAAAACAUCAACCAGUGGGCGGAGCACGUGGCGGCAGGCUGGGCAGCGGUCUGUAUGGUGUGGCUCUUCGUCGUACAUUUCGGCUACUCAUGGGGCCCUUGCGCAUGGAUCAUUGUUGCGGAGAUCUGGCCGCUUAGUACGCGGCCGUAUGGUGUCGCGCUGGGUGCGUCGAGCAACUGGAUGAAUAACUUUAUCGUGGGGCAGGUCACGCCGGAUAUGCUGGAAGGGAUUACCUACGGGACGUAUAUAUUGUUUGGGUUGUUGACAUAUCUUGGUGCCGCGUUUAUUUGGUUCUUUGUGCCGGAGACGAAGAGGUUGACACUUGAGGAGAUGGACGUCCUCUUCGGCUCGGAGGGCACUGCCCAGGCUGAUCUCGAGCGCAUGGAGGCGAUUAACAACGAGAUUGGUUUAACUCAGCUGUUGCGCGGCGAGCAGGGCCAGAAUACGUCGGAUGCUGAGCAGACGAAGGCCGAGGGAGAAAAGGCAUGA